GACCACGGACCAAGCAGUCUCUAAUGGACAGGCAAAGCCAACCUCCACUCUCCCAGGAAAGAAGAAAUGCUCAUCUGAAAUAACCCACCUUUCUGGAGACUUCAAACUGACCAAGCAUUGAAAAGAUCUGUAAGAACACAGGAAGAAAACAGGUUCCCUGGGCCUCUGGCCUCCCUCUUGGACACAAAGGGUGUAUGAAGGCUGCUCCAAUAUGUCAGAGACUUCCUCCCACGACUCUUUCUAUGAUUCCUUAUCAGACAUGCAGGAAGAAAGCAAGAAUGCUGACUUCUCCCCGGGGCUCUCUGCUUUUCUCAGCCAGGAAGAGAUUAACAAGAGCCUUGACCUGGCCCGGAGAGCCAUAGCCGACUCUGAGACAGAAGAUUUCGACUCAGAAAAGGAGAUCUCGAGAAUUUUCAACACCUCUCCUGUAAGCCUCUGUGGAAAUCCUCCCCACAAGGAGCCCAAAUCGGGGGAGCAGAUCUCCUCCAGAAAAGCCCAGGAGAACAGAUCAACACCCGUCCAGCCCCUGGCAGAAGAACCAACUGAGACUGUCACCUCACCUGCUUGCAGGAGGAAGCCCACCAUGUCACCCCUGCUUGCCCGCCCCAGCUAUAUCCGGAGCCUCAGAAAGGCCGAGAAGCGAGGUGGGAAGGCCCCCAGCACAAUUGCAAAGCCCAAACCUGCACAUCAAAGUAAGGCUGGGCCCCAGAGCCAGCUGUGCGACAAGGCGGCCAACUUCAUAGAAGAGCUGACAUCGAUAUUCAGAGAAGCGGCAAAGCCAAAGAACAGAAGCCCCAACGGGGAGUCCUCCUCGCCAGACAGUGGGUACCUGUCUCCCAAAAAUCAGCCAUCGGCGCUGAUGAGCGCCUCAGCCAGCCAGAGCCCCACCGGAGACCAACAGGAGGCGGUCAAGUUCCCAGAGGCUAGCCACGGCCACCAGGCAGACCAGGACCUGGACCUGCCGUCCAGCACCUUCUCUCACCCACAGCCCCAAAAGGCACUCCUCUUCCCCACUGCACCCCGGUUCAUCCAAAAGCUGAGGAGCCAAGAAGUGGCAGAAGGAAGUAGAGUUUAUUUGGAAUGCAGAGUCACUGGAAACCCAACUCCUCGAGUCAGAUGGUUCUGUGAGGGGAGAGAGCUACACAACACGCCUGACAUUCAGAUCCACUGUGGGGGUGGGGACCUUCACACUCUGACCAUACCAGAGGCCUUUGAGGACGACACAGGCCGCUAUAUCUGUCUGGCUACCAACCCCAGCGGCUCAGACACAACAUCUGCAGAGGUAUUCAUUGAAGGAGCCAGUUCCACAGAUUCUGACAGUGAAAGUUUAGCUUUCAAGUCAAAAGCUGGAGCUAUGCCACAAGCUCAAAAGAAAACAACUUCUGUGUCCUUGACAAUAGGAUCAUCAUCUCCAAAGACAGGAGUGACUACAGCUGUGAUUCAGCCAUUGUCUGUCCCAGUUCAACAGGUUCACAGCCCCACUUCAUAUCUCUGCCGACCUGAUGGAACCACCGCAGCCUGCUUUCCUCCUGUUUUUACGAAGGAACUGCAAAACACAGCAGCCUCAGAGGGCCAGGUGGUGGUCCUGGAGUGCAGGGUCCGGGGAGCGCCCCCUCUCCAGGUCCAGUGGUUCCGGCAGGGAAGUGAAAUCCAAGACUCUCCAGAUUUCAGAAUUCUACAGAAAAAACCUAGAUCGACAGCUGAACCUGAGGAGAUUUGCACUCUCGUUAUCGCUGAGACUUUCCCUGAAGAUGCAGGGAUUUUCACCUGCUCCGCAAGAAAUGAUUAUGGAUCAGUGACCAGCACUGCCCAGCUAGUUGUCACCUCAGCCAACACUGAAAACUGUAGCUACGACUCAAUGGGCGAAUCCAACAACAGUCACUUCCAACACUUUCCGCCUCCCCCUCCCAUCUUGGAGAAGAGUUCCUUUGAGUUGGCUUCGAAGAAACCAUCCGAGAUCCCGCAGGUGAACAGCCCUGCCUUAGGACUUAGCAUGGCAGCCCUUCAAAUGCAAUUCGGUUCUGCGGAGAGGGAAACUAACGGAGUCCAUCCCAGCCAUGGAGUAAAUGGACUGAUUAACGGCAAAGCUAACGGUAAUAAAUCUCUUCCGACACCAGCUGGCCUGAUUUCGCCCACAAAGGAGCCACCACCUCUGCUUGCCAAACCCAAACUGGGAUUUCCAAAGAAGGCCAGUAGAACUGCUAGAAUAGCCUCUGAUGAGGAGAUUCAAGGCACAAAGGAUGCCGUCAUUCAAGAUCUGGAACGAAAACUUCGCUUCAAGGAGGACAUCCUGAACAAUGGCCAGCCGAGAUUAACUUAUGAAGAAAGAAUGGCCCGUCGACUACUAGGUGCCGAGAGUGCGACUGUCUUUAAUAUUCAGGAGCCAGAAGAAGAAAUGACUAAUCAGGAUGUUGGGUCUCCUCAUGCCUCUGUAGGGAGUUCUGUGGAUGGUCAAAAGGAAUACAAAGUCUCCAGCUGUGAACAGAGACUCAUAAGUGAAAUCGAGUACAGGCUAGAAAGGUCUCCUGUGGAUGAAUCAGGUGAUGACAUUCAGUAUGGGGAUGUACCUGUGGAAAAUGGAAUGGCACCGUUCUUCGAGAUGAAGCUGAAACAUUAUAAGAUCUUUGAGGGAAUGCCUGUGACUUUCACAUGUAGAGUGGCUGGAAAUCCAAAGCCUAAGAUCUAUUGGUUUAAAGAUGGGAAACAGAUCUCUCCAAAGAGUGAUCACUACACCAUUCAAAGAGAUCUUGAUGGGACCUGCUCUCUCCACACCUCAGCCUCCACCUUAGACGAUGAUGGAAAUUUUACAAUUAUGGCUGCCAACCCUCAGGGCCGCGUCAGUUGUACUGGACGGCUGAUGGUACAGGCUGUCAACCAAAGAGGUCGCAGUCCCCGCUCUCCCUCAGGCCAUCCUCAUGUCAGAAGGCCUCGCUCUAGAUCAAGAGACAGUGGAGAUGAAAAUGAACCAAUUCAGGAGCGAUUCUUCAGACCUCACUUCUUGCAGGCUCCUGGAGAUCUAACUGUUCAAGAAGGAAAGCUCUGCAGAAUGGAUUGUAAAGUCAGUGGGUUACCAACCCCAGAUCUAAGCUGGCAACUAGACGGAAAGCCAAUUCGCCCCGACAGUGCACACAAGAUGCUUGUUCGUGAAAAUGGGGUGCACUCUCUGAUCAUAGAGCCAGUCACAUCCCGAGAUGCCGGCAUCUACACGUGCAUAGCCACCAACCGAGCAGGACAGAACUCAUUCAGCCUGGAGCUUGUGGUUGCUGCUAAAGAAGCACACAAACCUCCUGUGUUCCUUGAGAAGCUGCAAAAUACAGGAGUUGCUGAUGGGUACCCAGUACGGCUCGAAUGCCGCGUCUCAGGAGUACCACCACCUCAAAUAUUUUGGAAGAAAGAAAAUGAAUCACUCACCCAUAGCACAGAUCGAGUGAGCAUGCACCAGGAUAAUCAUGGAUACAUCUGCCUGCUCAUUCAGGGAGCCACAAAAGAAGAUGCUGGGUGGUAUACUGUAUCAGCCAAGAAUGAAGCAGGGAUUGUGUCCUGUACUGCCAGGCUGGAUGUUUACACCCAGUGGCAUCAGCAGCCACAGACCACCAAGCCAAAAAAAGUACGGCCCUCAGCCAGUCGCUAUGCAGCACUUUCGGACCAGGGACUAGACAUCAAAGCAGCGUUCCAACCUGAAGCCAACCCAUCUCACCUGACACUGAAUACUGGCUUGGUAGAAAGUGAGGACCUGUGAUCCAGCAUUAUUGUUAAAGUUGAAACACCGAAACCGCCAUUGCCUUGACCAACAUAUUCCUCCACCACGUUAUGUAAAAGGCAGAAAUAUACCUUUGACUAUAAGAAAUAAAAAGAAAAACACCAAAAUAAUAUUUUUCUUACUUGACAUACCAAACUAGAGUUUAAGUAGGUGAUACGUAUAGAAAGACACACAUUGCACAAAAAAUUCACAUUUAUUGUUCAGUUUAAAACUUGGAAUUGCGUGAUUAAAGUGCUCUGAAAUGCCAAAACGUUACAGGAAAUCAAAAAUAAACAUAUAUUGACAAGUGCCUUUAAAUACAAACUAUAGGUGCUAUGUAGCACAAUAGCGUGAAAUGUUUAAUGUGAUACUACAAUGAUUCUAAAGUGCAGUGUAUUCAACAGCUACAGUGAACCAAGUGCAAUAUGUAAGGAUGAAAAGGAAGAGAAAAUGACAAAGAAAUCCAAGUAAAUGCCUUGUCUUUGCAAACUGUUUUAUAUUAAAUCAUAAGGAACUACUUGCCUUAAUUUUUAUUAAUACCAAGAGUUUUCUAACAAGGUUAAUAUCUUCGUUCUUAACCUUUUUUUUUUCUUUUGUGUAGUAUUCUCUUUUCAUGCUACCUUGGUAAGAAGCUUAUUUACAAACCAUAUUAAAAGGCUAAUUUAAAUAUAAAUAAUAUAAAGUAUUGUGAGUAAAGCAGAUAUAUAUUAUAGUUCAUUCCACAAAAGGCAUCCAAACUGCCCAAAUGACCAAGGUAUAUAGUAUAUUUGGAGGAAAAGAGGGUUUGGAAGGAAUAGGGAGGAGAAUGAAGGAAAAUGCUACCAGCACAACUGUAUUGUAUUCAUUUAGAAAAAAGUAGAAGGGGCAGGAGAGGUGGCAAAGGCCAGGCUUUUCUUUGGUUUUCUUCAGAAUUAAUCGUAAGGUGCAGGUGAAAAAACACUGCCAUUCACAAGUCAAGAUGGAAGUUUGGGGCACAUGUGCUAUGGAGAUUUCAGUGUUAUCUGAAGUUUGUGUAGUAGUUGAAGAUUUUAGAUGUGUAGAGCAAGUUGAAUAUGGAUUGAGACCGCAAGAGUGGCAUAAAUGAGAAAUUGCCUGUAGAAUCUAGUGUACUUGAUGGAAAUGGAGAGUUAAGGAGAGUCAAAAACAAGUCUGUGCUUAAUGCAUUUUUUUCAUUGGCACUAGAUAUGGUGAAUGGAAGCUAUUUCACUCCCCUGCUGCCACGAAACCUUGCCUGAAGAAGGUGCUGGGUUCUGAGUAGUUUGAAAGGCAUAUCUACAAAGACUGCUUUUUGAAUGCAUACGAUUCUGCAUCAGCUAGACUGAGUUGAUUCUGACCAGACUUGAUAGUUUUAAGUCGGAACCAAUAAAAUUUUUAAAUGAGAAAAAAUAAUUUGGCCUAAUAGUAUAAAACAUGAGGCUUUAAUGGUACUUUGCUAUGAAAAGAAAACACUGUAUUCCUCAUGCAGAACACAUAUAUCUUUCAUUAUUUAUAAUAAAAGUGUUGAACUUUCUUAGCUCAGUUACUCAAUUCAUAGUAUUUUUUAAAUAAUUUUAUAUCUGUAUACCACCCCAUAUAUUUCAUAUUACUGCUUCACAUGUACAGCUUUCUACUUUGUAAGAACACCAACCAACCAAGUUUUAAAUGAUUAAUAGGCUUGAGCACCAGGUGGCAGAUGUUCUAUACAGCAUGGUACAAGUUUCUUUUACCACACUUACAUGCAUUGCUAACAUGGAGUUUAAGAUACUAUACAGACAGUCUCCUGGACCUAUAUCUGUAUUGUAGAAUUAUGACUUAUGUCAUAUAUUGCCAAAUUGUUCUGAAUGUGACUUUUUUGCUAAUUUGCUGGGUUUGGGAUUAACUAGCAUUAUUUUGCCACCUUUUAUGUUGUAUUUAUAAAAAAAAAAAAGUACUAUCAUACUACUUUGGAUUGUUGUGCUGGUGUAAUGUGGAUUUAACAUCAAUAAAUAUUUAACAAAUAAUAGUGCAAUUUUGUGAAGCAAAA